AUGGUGGCGACCUUAGUGGCUUGCCAGAGCCACACUGUCGUGGAGGCCAUCGUUCGCUCGUGCGGCCGAUGCUGCGAGGCAAGGUCCAGCCGUUGGGUCGCGCCACCGCUGGCGGACGAGGCCCCCUCUGGCAGCGGAGGCUCUUGGGCUCGCGGCCUAGGCGCGCCGGCGUUGCCUGCCGUGUCGAUCGUCGCCCGUGCCCGAUCUCGCACUACCAAGAGGACAUUGCCAUCCCCAAAGGGUUGUGCUCCACUGAUGCAGACCGCAGUGGUCAGCCCGAUGGCGAAGAAUACCACGCAACUCCAUGACACAAAGCUCACCAGUGCUGACAUCCAUCCCUCAAUUCGCAUGGUCUUGAGCAGCAGCGGACAGGUACACGCAGGCAGGAGAAAGGCGAAGGAGCAGGGGGAGAAGAAG